AUGGAUGGAAUUAUGUGCAAGUCGAACAAUGAAAUAGAAUAUAAAAGCAAUAAUGAUAUUAAUAAUGGUUAUGGUAAUGUGGCUACGGCUAUUUGGUUAGAUGGUCCUAGAUGGAGUUGGAACGAAGAAAUUUUAAAAUGGCAAAGAACCGGUGAAACUAUAGUUGCGCUUAAAAUAAUGGAAAAAACCAAAAAUAUUAAUUCAGAUUAUUUUAACGAGCUCAAAAAAUGUUAUAAUUGUACGGCAUUCAACAAUAAUAUGGUACAUUGUUAUGGAAUUUCUCGUGACCCAACAACAAAACAUUUUAUAAUGGUAAUGGAAUACGCUGAUCUUAUCAAACAAAUUAGAAAGGCCGAAAAGAGACGCAUGAUUAUGUUACGACAACGUGAACAAGCUCUUAUUUCCAAAAUGAAUGCUAAAUAUGCUAAAUUGGAAUUACACAGCGGAAAUGUUAAUGUAAAUGAAUUACAAAAAGUUCAUCAACAAGCUUAUUAUUCAAGUCGACCGAUACCAAUUGUAAUCACCUCACCAAGAAUAUCAGACUUUCAUUAUUAUUAUGAUGGUGGUAAACCUAAAUCAACAACGGUAACAAAAACUACGGGUGUAGGUGUAGGAAGCGAUGAGACAUCGUAUCCAUUACAUGUGUCGAGUGAUUCUUGUGUAAUAUCUUAA